AUGGGUGGAAUUCAAACUUAUGAACAGAGAUCUGAAUCACAUAACUCUCAUGUUGCCAGGCGCCUUUUUAAGGUGAUAGAGGAUAAAAAGUCCAACUUGUGCGCUUCUGUAGAUGUGAGAACAACGGAAGAACUUCUUGCCUUGGUUGAGAAGUUAGGCCCUUAUAUAUGCCUUUUGAAGACUCAUAUUGAUAUCAUUGACGAUUUUACGUAUGAUGGUACCAUUAUACCUUUAUUGAAGCUAUCUGAAAAGCAUAAUUUUUUAAUAUUUGAGGAUCGAAAAUUUGCAGAUAUUGGAAAUACCGUAAAAGCACAAUAUGCUGGAGGGAUCUUUAAGAUUGCAAAUUGGGCAGAUAUUACAAAUGCACAUGGGGUCACGGGAGCGGGAAUAGUUGGUGGAUUGAAGGAGGCUGCAAAAGAUUGCACUGAUAAACCAAGGGGACUUCUCAUGUUGGCAGAACUCUCUUCGAAGGGAUCACUAGCUUAUGGCGAAUACACUGAUCAGACAAUUGAAAUUGCGAAAACUGAUAACGAGUUUGUCAUAGGCUUUAUUGCUCAAAGAGAAGUGACCGCUCCAGGAUUUGAUUGGAUUAUAAUGACUCCAGGUGUUGGGUUAGAUGACAAGGGUGAUAACCUUGGCCAACAAUAUAGAACGGUAGAUGAAGUGAUUUCGACGGGAACUGAUAUAAUAAUUGUAGGAAGAGGACUUUUUGGGAAAGGUAGGGACCCAGAGGUCGAAGGGAAGAGAUAUAGAGAUGCUGGAUGGGCAGCGUAUUUGAAGAAAAUAGAGUCUAACAAAAUUCACUAG